AUGAUUGUAGGGGUUGUGCUGUUAGAACUAAUCACAGGGCGUAAACUUGUGGACGGGUCUCAGCCUGGAAAAAAACUAUGUGUGGUGACAGCUUUGGACUCGAUUGUUGAGUUCACAACAGAUCUGUCAAAUGGGAUGAAACCAGGGCAGAGUGAAAUCUUUGAUUCACGAGAACAAUCUGCACAUCGAUCUGUCAAAAGGACAACAAGGAUGCUGAACCCACUGAGUUUGAACAGAGUGUUGCUCAGUCAAAUUGAUGUUGGAAACAAAAAGGCUGUUGUGAUUCACGUCCCAUACAGAUUAAGGAAACUUAUAGGUUACGAACCUGUUUUUAUGAUUGAAGUUGAUUUUGAGUACGCCUGA